AUGCCUCCGCAACUACUUCCGGCAUCCGCCGCGGCCUUUGCGCCGCGUGCAUCUUCGGUCAAUGUCGUCCUCGGAUCAAAGGUCGAGCCGUGGCUUACACAAACCCUGAAGCGCAUCAACAGGGUUAAGCGCCCACUCAACAGUGUUCCUCAGCACCAGAGGUGUCUCACAGAGACCUUGUCGUCGCCAGAUGCUAUCUGGACCUUGGCCUCAUUAAUGUUCCCAAAAUUCCCCGAAUCGGAUCUCAAGAAGGAUUCCGACCCAUUAGUUGAGGCCCUCCAGAACUAUCAGCUGGUCCACAUCGAGGCAUACAUUGUUCACGUCGACAUGGUCUUGCGCAACGAGGUCGCCUUCAAGCUAACCCCGGAUACUAUCGAGUCCCUCAUUGAGUACCACAAGGAGGUCCACUGCGUUGACACCAAGGCGAGCACUUAUGAGUGGUCAGAGAAGGAGCAACAGUGCAAGAAGCUGCAUGAGGAUUUCAUCCAAGCCAUCAACCGUUACGUCUUCCGCACGCAUGUUUCUGCACUUGAGGGUUUGGAGGAGGAAGGUGCCGGCGAGCUGCUGAAUGGGAGGAGUGAGGAUGUCAAGACCGCCAUUCUGGGCCUCAUCAAGCCCCUGGUGCCUCCGCCGCCCAAGGUCGUAGAACCUAUCCGCCAGCCGCCCUUGCUACCCAGCUCUACCAUGAGCAUGUGGUCGCAGCCAACCAUGACCACUUCUCUGCCAGCGCCUGUAGAAUCAUGGAGGGUUCUACCAUCUAGCCCCAACGUCCCUGCAACUACAGCCGAUGCAAACAACACAAUUUGGGCCACAAUGGGCAUGAACGACGUCCAGUUGCCUUCACCGCCAACGCCGCCUUACAGCCAGCCACUCACAACCGCCGGUUACUUCUACAGCUCUCCUCUCGUCGCAUCACCGAUUCCCACGCUGUCGUUGCCUAGCAUGUUUACACCGCAAUGCGGUGUAGGUAUGGGCUACGGCGGCUUUGGCUGGGAUAGGUAUCAAGAGUACACGACUACCAUGUGA